AUGGCGGCUGUGGAAGCGGCUGCGGAACCGGUAACGGAGGUGGCACUCGUGGGGCAAAAAGCAAAGGACGAAGAGGAGGAAGAAGAGGAGCCGCUGCCACCGUGCGAGACGGUGCGCUGGGCUCCAGUGGGAGCGGUGGCGGAGGCUGGGACUGGAGCAGCUGCGUUCUCGGAAGAGGCGUCGGCGGAGGAGCCUGGGUUGGCUCCGUCUUCUCCGCCAGACUCGCCCGGCCGGACAGUGCGGCGGCUGCGGGCGGAGCGGCGGCGGCUGGACUCGGCUCUGCUCGCGCUGUCCUCACACUUCGCGCAGGUGCAGUUCCGUCUGCGCCAGGUGGUGCGCGGGGCGCCCGCCGAGCAGCAGCGCCUCUUGCGCGAACUCGAGGACUUCGCCUUCCGCGGCUGCCCUCACGUCCUGGGUUACGGGGACCCCGAGGACCCUGCCGGCGACGAGGACGACGGGCUGCGGGGUGACCGAUCACGGUUGUGGGGCGAGUACCAUAGUGAACAGGAGAAACGGGAGCGUCUGGAAGCCCAAAGGGAGAAGCAGAGAGAACUGAUACUGCAGCUCAAGACCCAGCUAGAUGACCUGGAGACUUUUGCCUACCAAGAGGGCAAUUAUGAUUCCCUACCGCAGUCCAUGGUCUUGGAAAGACAGCGGGUGAUCAUAGAUGAGUUGAUAAAGAAACUGGACAUGAACCUGAAUGAGGACCUUAGUUCACUUUCUACUGAAGAGCUCUGUCAGCGUGUCGAUGCCGCUGUGGCUCAGAUUGUCAACCCAGCCCGAGUGAAAGAACAGUUGGUUGAGCAACUGAAGACUCAGAUCCGAGACCUCGAAAUGUUCAUCAGCUUUAUCCAAGAUGAAUUGGGAAGCCCCAUGCAGACAGGAGAUGGACACUGUGAGUGCAAGGCCAAUGGAAAGACCGGAAGUGGCUCCGCUAGAACAGGAAGCAGCAGACUCCCUCCAGGAAAUAGCAAAGCAAAGCCAGAGGAUGUGACGAGAGUUCGGGAAAUGGGGCUCCACCUGAUGCGGCGAGCCCUGGCUGUGCUCCAGAUCUUUGCUGUUAGCCAGUUUGGUUGUGCAACGGGCCAGAUUCCACACACCCUAUGGCAGAAGGGCCAGGCCGACAAGGACUACUCUCCUUUAUUAAAGAAGCUGGAGAUAUCAGUAGACCGAGUGAAACAGUUGGCCUUGAGACAUCAGCCACAUGACAAUGUCAUCACCUCUGCCAAUCUCCAUGACAUCUCUCUGGGGGGCAAGGAUGAGCUGACUGUGGCUGUGCGAAAGGAACUGACAGUGGCCGUGAGAGACCUGCUGGCCCAUGGGCUGUACGCCUCCUCCCCCGGCAUGAGCCUUGUCAUGGCCCCCAUUGCUUGUUUGCUGCCCGCCUUCUCCUCGGCCCCUGAGGCCAUGCACCCAUGGGAGCUCUUUGUAAAGUACUACCAUGCUAAGAACGGCCAAGCUUAUGUGGAAUCUCCAGCCCGGAAGCUCUCUCAGUCUUUCGCCCUGCCUGUGAUGGGGAGCAGCGUUGUGACCCCCAAACAAAGCCUACUGACAGCCAUCCAUGUGGUGCUGACGGAGCAUGACCCUUUCAAGCGCAGUGCAGACUCUGAGCUAAAGGCCUUGGUGUGCAUGGCUCUGAAUGAGCAGCGUCUGGUGUCUUGGGUAAACCUUAUCUGCAAGUCAGGGUCACUCAUUGAGUCUCACUACCAUCCCUGGAGCUACAUGGCACACACAGGCUUUGAAAGCGCCCUCAACCUGCUCAGUCGCCUCAGCAACCUCAAGUUCAGCCUCCCUGUAGACCUGGCUGUGCGCCAGCUAAAGAAUAUCAAGGAUGCUUUUUGA